UGAGAACCAAAGAAAGGCGAAGCUAAACAAAAGGGUAGCAUGUAGAUAACAUUUACUAAAUUUUAAGUAAAAUAUGCUUAAAUACUAACAAUAAAGACUUAUUUUUAUGAUAAAGUUAAGUGAAUUAUUAAGUUAUAAUGCUCGUGUACCAUACAAGAUCGUAAAAUGAAGCACAAUGCAUCGUGUAAUGGUGGCCAUUAGAAGCAAUAAUUAUGUAUAUUGGCAUACUUACUUCAUUACAAACCAACAAAUUUACGCGUAAAGGAGUUGCUAAAACACAUUUCCAAUAUUGUGACUAAACAAUAUGUAAACUUCCUGACAGUUUUUGAUGUGUGAAGGAGUGAAAGAGCCAAGUGUAAAUAUUCCAUUUUGUGAACCAUGGCCCAAAAUCAGGGGGAGGUUCAAGUGGGGACACCGAACCAACCCGUGAAGGAUAAGGAUAUAUAUGCGUGUUUACCUGACAUGCGGCCGAACGGGCCUUUGGGAGCUGAUGAGCCGUGUCCCGGGGGCGAGGAAUUGCGCUGGUUGCCUGCACAAGCAACUGACAGAGACCUGGUUAUGUACUUACGGGCGGCGCGCUCGAUGGCUGCGUUCGCUGGAAUGUGUGACGGAGGCUCCCCCGACGACGGCUGUGUUGCCGCCAGUCGCGACGACACCACCAUCAACGCGCUAGACGUCCUCCACGACUCGGGAUACGACCCUGGUCGAGCGCUUCAAGCCCUAGUUAAGUGCCCAGUGCCUAAAGGAAUAGAGAAAAAGUGGACUGAGGAAGAGACAAAACGUUUUGUUAAAGGUAUCCGUCAGUUUGGUAAGAAUUUCUUUAAAAUAAAAAAGGACUUACUCCCUCACAAAGACACUGCUGAGUUAGUUGAGUUUUAUUAUUUGUGGAAGAAAACUCCUGGUGCUAGUAGUAAUAGACCUCAUAGGAGAAGAAGACAAGCAUCAUUGAGACGUGUGCGCAACACUAGAAAUUCUAGGGCAGGUACUCCCAAAGAACAAACGCCUGAAGCUACACCUACAGUGCCAGAAACAAACGGUUCUAGGCCAUCACCUAACCCUAAGGAGGCUGGAGAGAUGAGUUCAGUGACUGAAGAUGAAAAUUCAGAGGAGGAUAGUGAUUCCAGAGAUGCAGGUGAUCUCGCUAAAGUUGAUAUUGGCAGAACAGAGAGUCCAGAAGAUUCACCAAGUAGGAUGAGAACUCGUAACAAAUCAAAAGAGCAGACAACACCAAACGGGAAGAAAGGUCAAGACGAAAGUGACAAUGAUUCCAAAACUAAAACAAAACCAAACAAACCUAGUGUUCAAAGUACAAAUAACAAUGUCACGGAAAAAGUUUCAUCACCACUUAGUAAAGAUACCAAAAAGAAGGUGACAAACGGUAAAGUGGAUGUGUCGAAAGUUAAGAAGCGUCUUCCAGAUGACACCAAACCAGAUGGUAUUAUGGAUGGUGAUGUACAAAUGAAGAAGAAAAGGGCCGACAACCCUCCUGAGAGCCCUUCAGAGAGUCUCACUAAUGAUAGUUUCCCAGCAAUGGAUGAAACGGAAAGUGCUGAGCCGGAACCUGAAGCAUGUGAUUUUAGUUUUAAUAAGAAUGACAAAGAGAACACCGAGCAGAAUAAAGAAGUUGAACCUGACCAACAACAAACACAGCAACAACCUGUCAAACUGACUGAAAGCCAUGUCAAACCGGAUAAUAAUUCAGAACCAGUUAUCAAGACGGAAAAGGACCCUAUACCUCCUUUGUUCAAAGUUGUCCCGGAGAAGGAUGAUCGUAGUGUAUUAGAUCUGAAAACAGACUCAAAUGUACCUAAGACUACUGAAAAUGAACCUAGACCAUUAGCAAUGACAAACACAAUGUAUCCCAAAACGGAACUUAUUAUUCCUAAGGUCACUCCAAUGUCCACUGAACCCAUGGAAAAGAUUAAAAUAAAGGAAGAAAUUGACACUGAAGAACAGUCAAUGAACUUGCAGAAAGAAGAAUAUCAGAAAGACCCUCUCUCACACAACUUUUCUGGCCAUCCUGUUAGUCAACCAAACAAGCCGCUCAAUUUGGAGAAUACAAACUUUUUUGUGAAAGACAGUCACAUAUACAAUCCUAAACUGGGACAUAGCAUCAAAAUUGAAAGUGUUCCUAGCAAUAUUUUUAACCCGGUAAAUAUUGCUAAGGAUAGCCCCAUGAUGAGAAGUUCCAAGGAUUAUCCUGGAGGUAUGCCACCAUUUUCUUAUCCGGCUAAUCUUAAUUUCAGUAAUGAUCCAAAUAAACAUAAUCCUCAUAUUAAUCCCAUGAAAACUGUUAUUAAAUUAGAACCAAGAGAUGAAUCAAAUGAAAUAAAAAAUCAGAAUACCCCAGAAAUAUUUACAGCAACAAUAUCAACAUCUAGUAAAGUGGAUUCUCCAAAUGCUCCAAGGCUAGACUCAUUACAAAGGAUUAGUCCUUCACCUACCAAUACCAGAGGUUCAUCACCACCUCCCAUGGAACAUCCAACUACUACCAAUACGGAGCCUAUAUCACCUGCAAAUUCGCAAGAAAAUAAAGAAACAGAUGUUGAGGAUAAACAACCAACAGAUUUGAAGACCCAACCUAUUACCAAAUUGGAUAAUCAAAAUAACAGUUUAAGGCCACCAUCAUUCUCUCACCCAGUGCGACCAGAGAACCUUGGCAUUCGGUCAACCGAGCCACCUGUCACAUCUGUCUCUGGACAAAACAUGCCUCCACCAGUGCUUAGCCAACCAUCAAUUACAGGAUUGUUACCUCCAGGACCUCUAAUAUCAGUGGGAAGUGGCUCAAACGUUGGACCAUAUGGUUUUAUGCCUACAUCUUUAUAUGGCCAUCCUGGCCAUCCAAGUCAUCCUGGACUGGAAAAACCAGGGUCAUUACCACCUCUUAUGCAACAAGUGCCAUCAACACAUGGCCUUCCUGGCAGCAAUUUGAUACCACCAUCAUCCAAUCAAAAUGACCCAUCUAUGCCACAAGAUUUAAAAAUUAAGCAAGAAGUACCCGAUAACAUGCCUGCCAACCUUUCCACUCAAUCUGUGACAGAUCCCUUACAAUCAUUGAAAGAAGUGAAAGUGCCUGGAUACCCUAUAGGCAGCGCCAUAGCACAACAUUUAAAUACAGAAAGAGACAGGGAGUCUAUAUCAAGUGUUGAAAACAAUAGUAGACCCCCAAGUCAACCAACCAAUGAGAACUCUAAUAUGCAAAGUGCAUUCUUAGGACCAAGAAUAGAAAGUAUAAAGAAAGAACCAGACUUCUUGCAUCAACAUCACAGUAUAGCUCCAGUGACAACGGCACAAGGCAGUGGUUCGGACUCUUCAAGCGCCGCACCGCCAGUCAAAAGCCCACACACACCCACUCCUAUCAAAAGUCAACCGAGCCACAAUGGAACUCCUGGUCAUGGGCCACAUCCUUCGUCCACUACAUCUCCUUUCUCGAGGCAUUUAACAAGUCCUUCCCAACAGCGGCAAGUGUCUGCUUCGCCCGUCCAGCAUAACACUCCAGUGUCGCAUUCAGCACUUAACUUGAUGAAUCCCACGCCUAUAUCCAUACCCGCGACCAUACCUGGACCCGUCAUGCAUUCGGGACAACAGCCCGGCCCACCGCCGCCGCAUCCGUUCGCAUCACCUCUUCAUCACCCACAUCAUCCCCUAUUACAUCACCCUUCAAUAUUUCAAUUGUCUGCAGCAGCAGCCGCGCACGCCAUGCAUCCAUAUUACCCACAUCCGCAUCCGGGUUAUUCUAUGCCUUAUCCAUAUCCUUAUGGACCUCUUCCGCAGCCCCACCCGAUUCCUCCUAUGCAUCCGGCAGUCAGUACUCCCGGACGACACGAUCCAGUGAAGCCUUCGACUAUAGAAUCGACGACGAUGCUUAGCUCGCACCACAGUACCAGUUCUUCAGUCACAACAAGAUCACUUAGAGAAAUAUCUGAAAGCAGUGAAGAUCCACGAAAUCCGAACGCAACGACCGAGAGACACCAACUCCAUGAAACUACAAUGACCCAUCACCAUUCAACGAGUCAUCACAGCGCAGUGCACACAAGUACCGAGAAACAGCCGAGUCAUGCUGGCGGAGGUACGAAUCAUACAUUGUCUAUUUCUCAUUCCACAUCGAGCAGUUCUUCCCAAUCGAUACAGCAUAAAAUUAAUACGCAACAGAAGACCAGUGCACAUUCGAGCUCACCACAUCACCUGUCGGCUAGCGUGUCUCAGACGACGAGUAGCUCCUCCAGCGUAAAUGUGACAAAUAAUCACACACACCAUCAUUCGCAUCAUUUGGCCCACCAUCCGGAGAGACUCUCUCCUGCAGACUCUAUGCUAUUAAGACAUCAUCCCAAGAUGCUCCCAGGAAAUCCCAAUCAUUUAAUGAUACAGCCACCCUCGAUGGGUCAUCCAAUGGGAUUAGGUUUGCCUCCAGGACCGGGUCCCAGCCCAAUGGAAAGUCUUCGAUUGCACGCUCAAGCUGCAGCUGGGUUACAGGCUUCCCAUCCAAGACCGGGAUCUCCACAUCAAAUCCCACAUGGGCAUCCACACCUCCGUGGGCCGCCUAGACCAAUACCAGAGGAAAAUCCCGAACUGAAGUUAGAAACGCAGUCGCAACCGGAAGAGGAAGAAAUACCCAGUCCUGCGCAUAUACCCCACGGCCCUAGCCCUGAACCGAAAAUAGAAGAUACUGAAUGUCAUAGAUCUCAGUCUGCUAUAUUCCUUCGGCAUUGGAACCGCGGUGAUUACAAUUCUUGUACACGAACGGAUCUCAUCUUCAAACCGGUACCAGAGUCAAAGCUUGCUCGCAAACGAGAGGAGCGACUUCGGAAACAGGCUGAGCGUGAUAGAGAAGAGCGAGAGAAGAUUGCACAACAAGCGCAUAGAAAGAUAGCUACACCGGAGAAACCGGAGACUAAGCCACCCUCUAGAGGUGCUAUCGAGACAAUAUCGUCUCCGUACGAUAGAUUCCCACGGCCUCCCGGCUACCCGGAAUCACCUGCACUAAGACAACUAUCCGACUAUGCGCGACCGCACUCUGGUUUCAGUCCGGGCAAUUUGCCUCGACACUGCAUCGACCCUAUGCUGCAGUAUCAGUUGAGUUCGAUGUAUGCGCCCGGCGCUCGCGAGAGACUAGAGCUCGAGCACUUAGAAAGAGAGAAAAGAGAUCGUGAGAUACGAGAACUGCGCGAGCGUGAACUAAACGAUCGACUCAAAGAGGAACUACUUAAAAACAACGUUGGGCCUCGCGCCCUGGAUCCACAUUGGCUCGAAAUGCAUAGACGGUACGGCAUGCCGCCACCACCGCCCCAAGGAGCGAUUCCAGUACAAUUCGGAUUGUAUCCGGGUGGACACGGCCCGGGUGCAUUGUCACAGUUGGAGCGCGAGAGAUUGGAACGGCUUGGAAUACCACCGGCCGCGCCGGGUGGUCCGUCCGCGCCCGGCGGUGCGCCACCGCACCAUGCGCACCACCCGCAUCCGGUAGCAGCCGCGCAACUGGAGGCCGCGGAGCGACUCGCACUAGCAGCUGAUCCCAUGGUACGGCUGCAGAUGGCUGGCAUCAAUCCGGAGUACCACGCGCACACACACGCGCAUACGCAUGCUCAUUCCCACACACACCUGCACCUGCACCCUGGGCAGCAGGCGGCGGCGGCGGCACAGCAGGAAGCGCUGGGCCUGGGCCCCUAUCGACCGCUGCCGCACCCUGACCUGCUUGGGCGGCCGUACGCUGAGCAGCUAGCGCAGCAGGCAGCAGCGCACGAGCAGUUACAACGCCAGUUACUAUUAGAGCGGGAACGCGGGUUCCUGCACCCGGCGCACCACGAGGACUUCCUGCGCCAACAGCGCGAGCGCGAGCUGAAGGUGCGCGCCCUGGAGGAGGCGGCGCGAGCGUCGCGCCCGUAGUGCCAGCGCCCGGACCGCGCAGACCGUGCCGACUGUGACGUCAUACUGGUGGACUAAAGUGCCGGUGAGAUGCGUGCACCACCUCGAUAACAAUGUUCCCGGGAACUCUUAGAGGGCGGUUUUUUUACGUGUGACAAUUUGUAAUUUAUAAUAUUUAUGAUACAAUUUUAACUUAAAUAUCUUUAGUUCUUACAAUAUUUUUGCAGUUGCAUGGUCAAAUAGUACGCUUACUCUCCAUGCUCAAAUUUUAUUUCUUACCUACUAGUCAUAAUUAAAAUUAUUUGUGAGGGAGGACGAUGGGUCGCGACGUUUCCGUCGACUGCAGUUUUUCAUUAAAUUAUAAUUUACUUUAAAAGAAGUGCUAUUCAGUCGCCACAGACAUCUCACCAAGAGGUGACAAAAUUGUACUUUAGCAUUUAAAGUUUCAUCUCUUCUUUAGUGUCAAUAUCAUAAAAGAUGUCAAUGGCAUAAAAGCUGAAUAUUUUGCAUCAUAGCAAAUAAAAGGGUGCUGGUUAGCAUUCACGUGAAUGGACCACAUUACUGUGGUAAUUACGUUCAAUGUAAACUACAUUGCUUUUUAUGUUCAUAAUAUAAAUUAUAUAUUAUAAAUACUAUAAGAGAUUUUUAAUUAUAAGACAGAGUAGGGACUGUGACUUGCCUUUCUGACCGACUUGCCUUUUCAUAUUGUCCCAUAACGACUUUCACGGUGAAUAAUUAGUAAGAAACUGUUAUUCCUUUUUCUUUAUCACAUAUAGAACUAACUUGUGUAUUAUAUUUUUGCUCUCAUAGAGAAAUAAUGUGGGGAUUUAAUUGUCUCUAAUUGUACGUUAUGCAGUCAUUUUAUGUAACCACACUUGCAUAUCAAUUAUGAGAUUGUUUCUGCGUGAGAAUAUUGUUAGUAAUUGAUACGUUGCCUUCUAAUAUUGAUAUUGGCAAAAUGCAAUAAUUUUCCUAUACUAAUAUUAAUUUAAUUACACUAGAGGUGUAGAAUUGUAGUUGGGAACGGUUAAAUCGGUCAUAUGUUGAAAUGUGAUAGAAUUUUAUUGACUGCAGUUUUGUUAGUCUCUAUUUGAUUGUACGGUGUUCGUUCAAGUUAUGACUGCUAAUAAUACACCUUGAGAAAAUAAUGCGAGUUUUAUGUAAUGAGCGAAAAUAAACACCGUCCGAUGACGAAGCGCGCGGUUCAAAUGGCCGACAUUAUGCCACAUACGUUGUUUAUUUAGAUCUCAGUUUUGUUUUAUUACAGUUUCUCUUGAUGUGUUUAAGAUGUUGUAAGCUAUAUAUUAGAGUUUAUUUUUGAACGGAUCGACUAUCGACGCGUGAUUACAUUUCAGUGUUGUGCUAACAACAUUGAGCAGUCGUAACUUACGAAUCGUACUUUCAUCGAUCACUUCAAUUUUUAAUGUAGAUUCACCGGCUUUGUGGAGUCCACGUUGCAACUAUAAAGUGUUCAAAUAUUCAGAGACUUGUCAGCGGCUGCUGGCCGCCGACGUAGUUUCCAAGUUUAAUUUGUAGUGCUAUAAUAUAUUUACGGAUGAAAUAAGAGCCUCUCUGUUGCCGUGCGCACAUGCUCACACAUUUUUCGUCUCUCUAUUUAAAAUAUUUCGUUUUUAUCCUUUUAAAGCAUGGCUUAGCCUCGUACAGUCAACGAAUAAUCGUCUGCCAUUAGGCUUCCUUUGAACGAAGAAUGUUGAAUGGCAAGACAUGAAAAGUGUACAUAAAACCAUGAGUUUUAACGACAUACUUUUAAUUAAGAUGGUUACAUUUGAUAACCUCAUUUGUGAUUGGCUGUAAGAGGCCAAGAUGGCAGAAGGGCUAUGUGAGAUUAAAAUUAAUAUUGUCAAUAAAUAAAUCUAUACAGAGACGUUGUAUACAUUUGAAAUGAAUUCUGUAAUAAUAAUGGUUAAAAUAUUCUUGUAAAAUGUAAGAGUUGUAAUUUUGCCCAAAUGUACACAUUCAGUAAUUCUAUUGCACUAUAAUGUAAUAUAAAAUCAUUUUGUAACAAAUAGACGGUUAGAAUGGAUUUAAAAGAGGUUAUAGAUUAUUCUAGAAUAAUUCACAGUGUCGCUUGUUAGGGUGUUAUGUUGGUAAUGCCAUAGUUACUUUCUGAUAUCUAAAGAAAAGAGAAAAUGAGUAUUAUUUUUAGAGACAAAUUAUAUCUUAAUUAAGAGGUUGCGUGUCGAUUAAAUACUUCAUUUAUUUAGACAAUAAGGUUAAAUGGAUGUCUUAGUGCUUUUGUGUAAAUUUUUUUGAAUAAUAUAUGUGAAAAAAUCA